AUGGCAGCCGUUCUCUCCAGCGGCUCGCUCGUGGCCACUCACAACUACUACCGGUGCUGCUUAGGUCCCGCUUCUAGUAACAGCUCCUGUGGAGGUGCCAGGUAUACCCUGGAGAAGCCAUCUCCACAACCCUGGGGGCAAGCUCCUUCUUCGGGAAGUCCACCCUCCUACCCAUGGCCAUUGUGUUGGCGACCCCAGAGCCCUCGGAGUCUCCCAGGCCUCCAGAGGCACGAUCACCGGUGUGACCUGCUAAGGAAGCAGCCUGGUGGGCAGCCUGGCAGAGGCAGCACGGGGUCCCCCUCCUGA